CAUUUCCAUCCUGACUGCAGUCUGUGGCUCUGAUUCCACACCUGAGGGGCAGAAAGAUCACGGUGGACAGAAAAGUCUUCCUGGAAGAGGGCUCAGGAUGCUGUUGUUGGGAGCUGUUCUACUGCUACUAGCCCUGCCCAGUCUCGGCCAGGAAACCACCGAGAAGCCUGGAGCACUGCUGCCCAUGCCCAAGGGGGCCUGCGCAGGCUGGAUGGCGGGUAUCCCAGGGCAUCCUGGCCACAACGGUACCCCAGGCCGUGAUGGCAGAGAUGGCACCCCUGGCGAGAAGGGUGAGAAAGGAGAUACAGGUCUUACUGGUCCUAAGGGUGACACUGGGGAAUCUGGAGUGACUGGGGUUGAAGGUCCCCGAGGUUUCCCAGGAAUCCCGGGCAGAAAAGGAGAACCUGGAGAAAGCGCCUAUGUCUACCGUUCAGCAUUCAGUGUGGGCCUGGAGACUCGGGUCACUGUCCCUAACAUGCCCAUUCGCUUUACCAAGAUCUUCUACAAUCAGCAAAACCACUAUGAUGGCACCACUGGCAAAUUCCACUGCAACAUUCCUGGGCUGUACUACUUUUCCUUCCACAUCACGGUCUACUUGAAGGAUGUGAAGGUCAGCCUCUACAAGAAGGACAAGGCUGUACUCUUCACCUACGACCAGUACCAGGACAAGAAUGUGGACCAGGCCUCUGGCUCUGUGCUCCUCUAUCUGGAGAAGGGGGACCAAGUCUGGCUCCAGGCGUACGGGGAUGAAGAGAAUAAUGGGGUCUAUGCCGACAACGUCAAUGACUCCAUCUUCACAGGCUUCCUUCUCUACCACAACAUUGAAUGAGCACUGCCAACUCAGAGCCUCCACCAGGCCGAGGUCUUCAGUGUCAUUAGGAGACUGAUUGGAUUAUCUAAUUGGAGGGCUCUGAACAUUAUUCAUUGAUUGACUCAUUCAUUCCCAAAUACCUUUUUUUUUUUUUUUUGCUUUGGUUUUUUUUUUAGGGCCACACUCACAGCAUAUGGAAGUUCCCAGCCUAGGGGUUAAAUCAGAGCUGCAGCUGCUGGCUUACACCACAGCCACAGCAAUACAGGAUCUGAACAGAGUCUGUGACCUGCACCACAGCUCUCGGCAAUGUGGGAUCCUUAACUCACUGAGCAAGGCCAGGGAUACUAGUCUGAUUUGUUUCCUCUGCACCACAAUGGAACACCCAGUACCCCCCGCCCCUUUUUUAAAUCAUAUACUGUGUUCCCAGGGCAGUCCUGAAGAAGGCACAUCCCCUGGCCUCAAGGACCUAUUAUAUAGUGGUGACAAAAGGAUAAUUGCAUUUACUGGGGAGUUUUGCAUACAUGACAAAUAACUGACUAUAAGAAAAUAUCUAACAGUGAAUUUCUGGGCCCACUGUGUUUCCUCAGGUUCAUACCAAUUCUAUGAAGUACAUAGGAAAGAUCUUCUCUUGGGGAUGAGAGACUUAAGUGAACGCCCAAGGUUACACAGACACUCAAUGGCAGAGUUAGAAGUCAAACACAGGGCUGUGGACUUUUUUCAGUAUACUAUGCCUUUUUAAGGAAGUAUAUGGUUUUUUGCAGGCUGUAGGGAGGGGGUCUCCCACCCAGCUCACCUGAGGGCUUUUGAACUGGACAUCACCAUGCCUCGAGUCUUUCCUCAGCAGUGCUCCCUCAGAGAAGGUGGUUCUCUGCCUAGGUCCCAUCCACCACUCAGUGGUCCCCACAUUACUCUGUACUUCCUAUUCUCUGUGUCUUUCCUCAUGCUCUUCUCUUCAGCCCAGAAAGUCAGCUCCAUCUCCACAUGCUGAAAUCUCCCCUUUCCUCAAGGCCACCUGGUCAGGAAGCUUCUCUGGUGGAUACUUCUUUCCUGCAAGCUUUCCUCACACACUGUGCCCUUGGGCCCCCUCCACGUGCCACCCUGGAUGAGACUUCCUGAGUCUGUGAGAUGUCCUCCCACAGGCCAGGGACAACUGCCUGGAAAGGACUGCGCUUCCUUCACCCUGAGUCUCCUUGUGGGUCCUUGAUAAAUGCUUCAUGAAGAUUAAACUCUUGAACCUUGUGAUGACCCAGAAGUAACUCCAUUUUAAUCUCUCCAUAUAACCAACCCUGACCUAUGAAAACAUUUUCAUUUUAGGAACUGGAUUUAAACACCCCAUCUUUGUUCCUCUUGACAGCUUGAAUCUUUUCCGCUGAGGUUAGGGGUGACUAUGCUUUCCAGAAUACUUAUGGCAUUUUCUGUCAAGCUUAAGCCUGCAAUGCAAAACCCAUGAAGCAAUUUGGAAACCAUUCUUUCUUUGAGUACCAACAAGGUCUGGGGAGACUGGGCCUCUUGAAUCUACUCUUGAUCUUUAAAAAUUACAGAAGAAGAAGAGAAAAGAAAAUGAUAACUGUUUGAGAUGAUGGAUAUGUUAAUUAGCUUGAUUGUGGUGAUUAUUUCAUGAUGUAUAUGUAUAUCAAAUCAUCAAAUUAUAUACCUUAAAUUAAGAAGUAUACAUGGAUGAUGGUGGUAAACAUCUUCUCAGGAGACAACAGCUUGAGUGAUACUCUUCAAAAGUUUUAGAAAAAGCAGAGUUAAUGGGAUUCUGUAUAAAUAUAGAAAUGGAAAACCUAGAUUUUGCUUACAGUUUGAAAUCCUGAAUGAUUUCCUUUUACAUAUGUAUCUAUUCAUUAGGUGGUUAUUAUUUCUACAUAUAACGCUUUGUCUUUUAAAAUGCUUGCAUAUCAGUAUUUUCUACAAGUAAAGAUACUGUCCAGCAUUAAAAGUAGAAGUACUUGUA